GUCAACGACGAGCACGCACCUCUAGCCGUCUGUUCUCAUUUUUCUGGCGUCGACCCACAUCAGACGGCGCUCCUGAGGCGCGUAUUUUCGCCAUGCUUGUCCGGUCGAUACCGUCGUCGACCGCCCGGAUCGCUAAAGCUAUUUCUUCUUCGUGCCGCAAUGGUACAAGGUCGUUUGCGUCGACAUCGUCCGUGCAGGCGGACAUCACUUUGACGGUUGAUGGGAAGGAGGUCACGGUUCCACAGGGGUCUGCCUUAAUCCAGGCCUGUGAAGCUGCUGGUGCUAACAUUCCGCGAUUUUGUUAUCAUGAUCGUCUAGCAAUCGCGGGGAAUUGCAGAAUGUGCUUAGUAGAAGUGGAAAGGUCGCCCAAACCUGUCGCGUCGUGUGCCAUGCCUGCCAUGCCAGGUGCGAAGGUCAAAACCAACUCUCCUCUUGUACACGCCGCUCGUGAGGGUGUCAUGGAAUUCCUCCUCGCCAACCAUCCACUUGACUGUCCUAUAUGCGACCAGGGUGGUGAAUGCGAUUUACAAGACCAGUCCAUGCGGUAUGGCUCUGACCGUACCCGUUUCCAUGAGAAAACUGGGAAACGUGCUGUAGAGGAUAAGGACUUAGGACCCCUCGUCAAGACUGUCAUGACGCGUUGUAUCCAAUGUACGCGUUGUGUACGUUUUGCGAACGAAGUUGCAGGAGUCGAAGAAUUAGGUACGACUGGCCGCGGAAAUGACAUGCAAAUAGGAAUGUAUGUGGAGAAGACUAUGGAUUCUGAGCUGUCUGGAAAUGUUGUCGACCUCUGCCCUGUUGGUGCUCUUACAAGCAAACCAUAUGCAUUCCAUGCUCGACCUUGGGAGCUGAAGAACACGGAGUCUGUUGACGUGAUGGAUGCGGUAGGGUCAAAUAUUCGAGUCGACUCGCGUGGGGUGCAGGUGAUGCGUAUUCUACCUCGAACGAAUGACGAUGUGAAUGAAGAGUGGAUUAGCGACAAGACUCGCUACGCGUACGACGGCCUUAAGUUCCAGCGUCUGACUACGCCUUUGAUCAAGCAGGGUGACCGGUUUGUUGCAGCUUCAUGGGAAGAGGCGCUGUCAGCCAUCGCCAAUGGUUUAGCGUCAAGUGGGGCGAAGGGGGACGAAGUCAAGGCCAUUGCAGGGUACCAUGUGGAUACUGAAUCUCUUGUUGCUAUGAAGGACCUCGUUAACCGCCUAGGCUCGGACAACUUGACACUCGAUCAACCAAAUGGUGACAAGCUUCCGGUACAUGGUGUAGACAUACGCUCAAACUACCUCUUCAACUCGACUAUCCCUGGUGUUGAGGAGGCCGAUGCUAUCCUUCUCAUCGGUACGAACCCGCGUCAUGAGGCUGCUGUAUUGAACUCGCGGAUACGCAAGAGUUGGUUACAUACAGGUCUGGAGGUAGGCUUCAUUGGCGAGCGAGCAGACACCACGUACGGCUACGACUAUGUCGGAGCGGAUGCAAAGGCACUCGCAAACUUCGUUGCUGGCAAGGGCACCUUCGUCGACAAGUUUAAGGCGGCGAAGAAACCCCUCAUUAUUGUUGGUAGCGCGGUUUCGGAACAUCCAGAUGGUGCAGCCGUCUUCAAUGCGCUGGCGAAAUACGCAGAGGCCAACAGAGAGAAGCUCAUUACUCCUGAGUGGAACGGAUUGAGCAUCUUACAACGUGUUGCAUCGCGACCAGCAGCGUACGAAGUCGGCUUCGUUCCCUCGAAGAAAGCCACGGAAACGACUCCUAAAUUUAUUUAUUUGUUAAAUGCGGAUGAGGUUAAUCCUACGUCGAUCCCUAAAGACGCGUUUGUCGUUUAUCAGGGACACCAUGGUGACCUUGGUGCUCAGCUGGCCGAUGUUGUCUUACCCGGAGCUGCAUAUACCGAGAAGUCUACUGUAUGGGUCAACACGGAGGGUCGCCCGCAACUUGGUCGUGCUGCCGUGCCACCGCCUGGUGCAUCCCGUGAAGAUUGGAAAAUCAUUCGCGCUAUUUCUGAGGUGGUUGGACAUCCGCUUCCGUACGACGACGUUCUCAUGCUACGGGACCGCAUGUGGGAGAUCUCCCCAGCCCUUGUACGGUACGAUGUGACAGAACGCACGUCUGCCGACUUCGCCUCUCUCGGACUAAAAACCUUAGCCGCCAUCAACAAAUCCGCCAAAGUUUCCAAUGUCCCAUUCAAGAAGCCCAUCCAGAACUUCUACCAGACUGAUGUUAUUUCGCGAGCGUCGGUGACGAUGGCCCAAUGCACACGCGCCUUUGUCAAAAAGGAGGAUUACGGGAACCCUGGUGCUGGCGCCGAAGCAGCAUUUGCAUAGCACACAUCUUUAUCAGAUGUUUAAUGUACAGUGUCUUAGAAAUUGAAUUCAAUGGCUCUUCUCAGC